AUGAUACAAAUGUGUAUACGGGGAAUCAUGCAAGGAAUGACGAGUUCAGGUAGAGUAAUUGUUGUUGCUGGUACUACAGGUGUUGGGAAAUCCCAAUUAUCUAUACAUUUGGCUAAAAAAUUUAAUGGUGAAGUGAUUAAUUCUGAUUCAAUGCAAAUGUAUAAAGGAAUCCCAAUCAUUACCAAUAAACAUCCAUUGGCUGAACGUGAAGGCAUUGAACAUCAUGUUAUGAACCAUGUUGAUUGGACUGAGGAGUAUUAUAUUCAUAGGUUCGAGAAGGAAUGUAUCAAGACUAUUGAAGAUAUUCAUAGGAGAGGGAAAGUUGCAAUUGUAGUAGGUGGUACCCAUUAUUAUCUUCAAGCAUUGUUUAAUAAGAGUGUAAAUGAGAAAACAAGGGAAGUUACAGAAGAAGAAUCAGAAAUUUUGAAUUCUGGAGAUGGUGAACUGACUUAUCAGACUUUAAUUAAGCAUGAUCCUGAUAUUGCAAGCAAAUAUCAUCCAAAUGAUACUAGAAGAGUCCAAAGAAUGCUAGAGAUAUAUUAUACUACAGGAAAGAAACCAAGCGAAAUGUUUAAUGAACAGCAGAAUAGUUUGAGGUAUAAUACAUUAUUCUUUUGGCUAUACAGUGAACCAGAUGCUUUGAACAAAAGAUUAGAUGAUAGAGUUGAUAAAAUGUUAGAGACUGGUGGUAUGGAAGAGAUUAAUGAAUUAUAUAAUUAUUACAAAGAUAACAACUUUACUGCGGAACAAUGUGAGAAUGGUGUAUGGCAAGUUAUUGGGUUCAAAGAAUUCCUCCCAUGGUUAGAAAAGGAACCUAAUGUAUCUUUACCUGAUUGUGUGGAAAGAAUGAAAAUUAGGACCAGACAGUAUGCAAAAAGCCAAGUGAAAUGGAUAAAAAAGAUGUUAAUCCCAGAUAUUAAUGGUGAUAUUUAUAUUUUGGAUGCUACCGAUUUGGAGAAGUGGGAUCAGACAGUAGCUGUUAGAGCGGAUAAUAUAGCUACCAAAUUUAUAGAAGAUAAAAAUAUCGAUGAGCUCAAAGUACCAAAUAAAUUAAAAAGUUUGGAAUUUGAUAAGAACAAUUUGGAUAAAACAAAAAAUGAUGAUUUUGAACACUUUACCUGUGAUAUUUGUUGUGAUAAAAAUAAUAAUAAAUUGUUAGCUAUAGGAAACAAAAAUUGGACAAUUCAUUUAUCAAGCAGACGACACAGAGCAAAUUUGAAAAGGUCUCAGAAGAAAGAAGACUACCUAAUGUAUAAACAAAGGAAAAUAGAACCAUCUAAGGAUCAAGAAAGCGAAUAA